GAGGUUGGAAGUGUGGCUGGUGCAAGUCCAUGUGGCGCAAAAGGUGACGCUCACGAAACAACCACCCAAAUAUUCUAACAUCUUCAAUAUCGUCAGAAGGAGUCUCACAGCAUGCCUCAACUAUGUCUAGAACUCGCGCCACAUUGGUGAAGCCAGAGCCUGGUCAAUAUCUCCAUGAUGCAAUCCAAGAUUCCAAAGAGCAGAAUCCCAUUGGAGCUCCGCCCUCAAGACAAUGCGUGAAGCGGAAAGAGGCUCUGUUAACAUGCAUCUUCAUCUGUUACAUAACUGCUUGGUACAUUUGUACAUCUAUCGUGGAGGCCCCUACGGAUAUUGUUGAUAUAGGCUUAAUAGCCACGUACAAAAUACAUGAUGAUGUAACAACUUCCUUUUACAAUCUUUGGAUGAAUCAAUCGAUGAACUCGUUAGUAAAAUAACUGAGAAUGAUUUCAGAGGCGAGAUAUGGAAUGUUUUGUAUACGGACAGUCGCGAUUCCUCAAUCCAACACACUUAGUUGCACAGAGACGAUGAUAACCGGGACUCAUUGGACCGAUAUCCUCACCGGCAUGCAAACGCCGUCCUCCACGAGUACAUGGGCAAAUUCGAGCCAUUUGAAUAGAUACCAUGUGGUCAUCUAAAUGGAACACACGAAAGCUAUUCACAUGUUCGUCUUCGGGUGGAAAUUGAAUAGCUGGAGAAAUUUGAAUCUGGAUCUUCCAAGAAGGUUCGCAUAUACUGGGCAGCGAACGAGGAAAGAAGGCGAUGCUAUAAGAGCGCGUUUGCAAAAGCUACAAGCGUAGAUUCAUCCAUCAAGAGGAAGAAACGUGCUAUCGAUCAAAGCCACAGAGAUCUUGCGAAGAUGUAUAUAGGGGAAAGAGUAGGAGAACAAGAUGAUUCGACGAAGCAGCGGAAGGAAUUAGAGGACGGAUUCACGAUUAGAACUGAGAUAUUAUACGGUCACCAGCGGAACUGCAAGUUUAGAAGAAGGAUGUUGUGAUGUUCAUCCCACAGUGGGAGAAGCAAGAGGGGGGAAGAUUGAAGUAUAGCUUUUGACUUAGGCUUCCGUCAAUCUAAUCCAAUUGGGCCCA